GCCAUCCCCAAAGUGUUAAUGAAAAGAAGAAGUUGAACACAAGCCUACCUUGGUCGCACACAUUGUCAAGUAGUAGGAGACUAAGAGAAAAAUCGGAUAUCCACCAAUUGCCCUAAAAUUUAUAGCACCAUGACCAAAACCAUAGUGAUCCUAGGCGCCGGCCUCGCCGGGCUCCCCCUAGCGCACCACCUGGUCUCACGAACCGCACCAAAUCACCCGGACCUACGCAUCGUGCUCGUGUCCCCACACACGCACUUCUACUGGGGUCUAGCCUCCGUGCGCUUCGUGCUUCCCACCUCCGAGCACUCGAUCCCGGAAGACCGGUACCUCUUCCCAAUCGAGUCGCAAUUCGCCGGGUACCCGCACAGCGCAUCGCAAUUCGAGUUUGUAGCCGGCGCCGCGAAGCAACUGCAUCCGGACCAGAACACCGUCACCGUGGCGCUGAACGACGGGACAGAGAGGCAGGUGGUGUACCACACUCUAGUCGUAGCGACGGGGACCAGCUACGUCGACGGCGCGCCGUGGAAGGCGCUAGGCUCAGCAGAAGAAACCCGCGCCGCAAUCGCCGACCUGCGAACGAAAAUCGCCAGCGCCUCCUCGAUCGUCGUAGCCGGCGCCGGCGCAACGGGCGUCGAAUUCGCAGGGGAGCUAGGCGCCGCGUACAGCAAGAGCGGGAAGAAGAAGAUCACGCUUCUAUCAACCGACGUCCUCCCCCUCGAGCCACGACUAAAAGAAAGCGUGCGUCAAACAGCGAAAAAGGAGCUCGAGAAGCUCGGGGUGGAGUACAUCGGCAACGCGCGCGUGGUGUCCAGUUCCACACCUCCCAGCACCUCCAGUGGCAAGAAGGAGAUAACGAUCACCGUAACCAGCGGGGGCAAAGAAACAAGCAAAACCCUAACCGCCGACCUGCUAAUCCCCACCUACGGCGCAAAACCCAACACCUCCUUCGCGCCCUCCUCCCUGCUCUCCCCCUCCUCCCCAGGUCGUCUGCUCCAAGACACCACCCUCCGCAUGCCCUCGCACCGCAACAUCUUCGUCCUCGGCGACGCCGGCGCCCUCGAGCCGCCUCAAGCGGUCUACGCCGACCGACAAGUGCGGCACCUAAUGACGCACUUCAGUUCAUACCUCCUCUCCGGCACAGUCGCGCCAUACAUCGUCGACCCGAAGGUAAUGUACGGCGUGACCUUUGGACCGAGCCGGGGCGUGGGACAGAUGGGGGGGUUCCAGAUCCCCAGUUUACUGAUCUGGUGGAUCAAGGGGCGUUACCUAGGCACGGACCGUGCGGGCAACUGGCCUGCUGUCGGGAGCACGAAUGGGGCUUGGCCGAAGUGAGGUCGGGGACGGGUAUGAGAAAUAUUUCAUUCAGGAAAGAAGGAAAUAAGGAAACAAGGGAGGGAAGGGAAGGAAAGAGGGGUUAUGAAGGCAAGCGGAUUGCGUUAACAUGUUUUACAGCCUGAUAUAUCUACCAUAUCUUUUAUCACGACUUCACUAAUUACU